AAAUGGCGGCGGAAGCUCGGAGACAGGUAUGAAAUAUUAACGAUACCGGAUAAACUCGUAUAAAAAAGAUGUGCCCGGUCGACCAGUUCGUUUAACGCCCGGGAAGAAUAUCCUCUCCCGUGUUGAUGCCGCGGGACGGAACCGAGAAAACGUCCGUCGUGUUUCAACUUAAAGUUGGCGUGUGUUGAGGAAGAGCCGGAGAGGAAACGUACGACAGCGGCAAGUGUGUCCGGCAAGAGAGUCCGGCUUGUCCGAGGUGUUUGUGUUCUCCGGCCCUUGGAUGCGAGUGUGGUUUGUGCAUCCGUCCAUUGAGCUGUCCGACACCGUGUGUGUCCACCGAGCAGCGUUAGAGGAGGAGGAGGAGGAGAUGGAGCGGCAGCGGCAGCAGCAGCAGCGGUAGUCCCAGCAUCACCAUGGAGCGCACACCUGCCACCCACCUGUAGCAUCCCCCCGGCCCCGGGCGGCAUGGCGAACAAGACCGGCCAGGAGCGGAGGGACAGCCGCUGCGGUGUGUCUGGAGAAGCCGUCGUGGAGAAUGGCUCUGUGGUCAAAGAUCUGACUGCCCCUGACCUCCAUGAUAACACCAACCAUCACUGUCAUGAAACCAGCACAACCCCACACCGUGAUCCCGUCCUGCCCAGUUACAAGCCGUCCUGCUCCUCUACCCCCACCUACUACAGCAGUCCCCAGAAAAGCUACUCAGACCUGGACAGCCACAGCUUGACUUCCCAGGACUCAGGUAUACCCACUCUCGAGAUAAACCCUCCCGAGCCCAUCCUUCAUACCCACCAACGCCCAGACAACGCAGGCCAUGAUUCCCCUGCAACUUUACCUUUGAAUGAUGACAACACCAUCCGCAAAUCCUCCACCUUUCCUCGCAGCGGAUAUGACUCUAUCCGCCUCUUCAGCCCCAGUGUCAGAUUAUCAGCCCCCACGGGUAUGGGUCUCGGGGGCGGAGCCUUAAAUCGCAGCGACGACAUCUCUGUGUGCAGCGUGUCCAGCAUGAGCACCGAGCUGUCGGUCUCCAACGAAGACAUCUUGGAUUUCACCGUCACGUCGGACUCCAGCGCCAUUGUCACCUUGGAGACGGACGACAGCGGCACCGCUCACUUCUCAGACGUCACGCUGUCCUCCUCUCCAGGGGACCCCAGAGACGCAUGGAGUCCCGUGCGACCCUACCCGGGGUCGGGUGUCAUGCAGCAGGAAGAAGUUGUCAGGCAAAAUAAACUUGGACCUCUAGCUAGCUUAUUCAACAGGAGCCUGUUUGCCAGGAGGGUAAAGGACAGUCGACCAGUGGAGCAGCCGGAUCCAGGGUGGAAGCUUUUCGGGAAAGUCCCCCCACGGGAAGGCCCCAUCAAGGAUCCUAAGAAAAUCCAAAAGGAAUAUGAAACAAAGAGUGGCAGAGCUGGACCCGGCAACCCGACGUCGCCCAGGCGGAGUGUGAGGAAAAACCUGGACUUUGAGCCACUGUCUACCACCGCACUUAUACUGGAGGACAGACCUGCGAAUCUGCCUGCCAAGCCAGCUGAGGAGACACAGAAACACAGGCAGCAGUAUGAGGAGAUGGUGGCCCAGGCCAAGAAGAGAGAGCUGAAGGAGGCUCAGAAGAGGAAGAAGCAGCUGGAGGAUCGGUGUAAGCUUGAGGAGAGUAUUGGCACAGCCUCCCAGGUCUGGAACCAGGAGAUAUUGCCUAACUGGAGUACAACGUGCACAUCUCGGCGUGUGAGAGACCUCUGGUGGCAAGGCAUCCCCCCCAGUGUCCGAGGCAAAGUGUGGAGCCUGGCUGUGGGCAACGAUCUCAACAUCACUCACGAGCUGUAUAACAUCUGUCUGUCCCGGGCGAGAGAGAAGUGGAGGGCCACGCCAGCAUUUUCUUUAGAGACUGAAAUUAAUGAUGCUGGUUCUUCAGACAGGGAGUCGAGCCUGGAGCUGAUCAAGCUGGAUAUCUCGAGAACCUUCCCCCAACUGUGCAUCUUCCAGCAGGGCGGGCCCUAUCAUGAUGUGUUGCACAGCAUUCUGGGAGCAUACACUUGUUACCGGCCAGACGUUGGCUACGUGCAGGGAAUGUCCUUCAUUGCAGCAGUGCUCAUCCUGAACCUGGACACAGCCGAUGCCUUUAUAGCUUUUGCCAAUCUGCUCAACAAACCGUGUCAGAUGGCCUUCUUCAGAGUCGACCACAGCCUUAUGUUGACAUACUUUUCGGCAUUUGAAGUGUUCUUUGAAGAAAAUCUACCAAAGCUCUUUGCACAUUUCAAGAAAAACAACUUGACCCCUGAUAUUUAUUUAAUCGACUGGAUCUUUACUCUGUACAGUAAGUCGCUGCCGUUGGACCUGGCAUGUCGGGUUUGGGACGUGUUCUGCAGAGACAGCGAGGAGUUCCUCUUCCGCACGGCGCUUGGCCUGCUGCGUCUCUACCAGGACGUCCUGACCUGCAUGGACUUCAUUCACAUGGCUCAGUUCCUCACCCGCCUGCCGGACUUCUUACCGGCUGACCAGCUCUUCCAGCAAAUCGCUGCUGUGCACAUGACCAGCCGCAACAGGAAAUGGCCACAGGUCCUGCAGGCUUUACAGAAAGAUCCGGAGCGGGGCAGCCCGGUGUUGAAGCGCUGAGCCGCGAUCAGGGGGUCCCACUAACGGAAUCCAGUUCCCCUCCAGACUCUUACCGGGGACCUGAGAGAGACCUAUGAUCGUCUGGGACAUAUCUGGAAGGGGUCUGUCAGUGAUGAGGAAGAAUACGAGGCCUUAUUUAUCUUCCACCACCCCUCCACUGCUCUGAGGCCCAGCAGUGGACUGUAAACUGUAGCUCGCAGACGCCGAAGAAUGUACCACACACUCCCGCAUACAUGUGCCCAGCAGACUGACUCACGUCCAGGGGAAACGACGGGGGAGUUCACACGAAAAUCCUUCACUUAUCUUUUGUUUCGGUUUCCACCAACGGUUCCACCCGAGAGGAAUGUCCCGAAACAGUAUCUCCAGAGUCAGAUCUGUGAAUGUAAAUUUCCCCCCCCCCAUGUCCUGUGAGUUUGUUUCCUCUCUGGGCUAAGUUUGGUUUUCAUUUACAUGUUUUUGUCAUUGAACAUUUUAGUUCCUGAAUCAUUCCACGAAAUCAUCUCAUGUUUUGUGGGAGUUAAACACCUUUUUGAAGUUUGGUGUCUCUGGAAGCACCAGAUUGUUACAAGUGAAGAAAUGUGCUCAGCCUCUGAAAGAGGUGAUAAGCUGCCUGUAGAAUGAGCUUUACAGUAAAUUUAUGAAAUAUGGGAAAAGGAGAUAAUAUUAAUAGUAACGUGUUACUCUGGGAGACACAAAUUACAGCGUCAGACUUGGACUGGCCCUUCCCCCGAUUACGUUUUGAGGUACAUUUCAUCUGGUUAGUGUUUUGAUUCUUAUCUCUUGGUGUGAGUGUUAAUGUAUUGUGCGUUUAUUUAAUAUUUAUCUAACGGAUGACGGGACUUGUUCCAGUGACAUGAAGGGUUUUUGAGGAACUGCUCCCUCACGCAAAUGUGUUUGGAGCUUAUAAGGAUCUGUGAUUUAACAAGUUAAACACGUAAGAGGUUAUGACUUGAGCUGCAUCAUUCAUGAGCAGAUUUGUGCACUUUUAGGACUACAUUAUCCACUAGGGGGCAUAUUUCGGCUGAAUUACCUCUGGGCGAAAAAGGAAUUCCUUACCACUUCUAAUUUUGUUUGUCGUUAAAAUAUCUAAUUUGAUAUUUUUCCAGGAAUUAUUUUUUUAAUGUGGAGGUUAUAGCAGUUAUAGCAGCAGUGACAUCUCUUUUAACUUCCAGUCCUCAUAUCCUAAUCUGUACUGCCCCCACUGGUCAUCCGCUUAAUUGCAUGUUGUGGACAAGUCGCGUAUGAUGCACAAAACACUGAAGAUUCAAAUUCUGGAAUUGUGACUAAUUGACGCUAUAACUAAUAUGCCGAAGCUGUUAGCAUUUCUUGUUUGCAGUGUAUCCAUAAAAUUUACAGAAAUCAACUUCUGGAUCAGUUUGAUAUUAAGAAAAAGUGACGUGUGACAAUUCUCGUGCAAGUUCUGGACAUAUAAGAAGAAUCUUUUUUUUCUCCUGACUUGAAAAAUCUGAGGAUAUGUUGAAGAUGUGUAAGCUAUAUUUAACGUUAAAAUAUGUGGGCAUGUUCAGUAGUGACUGAGACGAGAAAUGCGAUUUUUGGAAGCAAAUUGUAUUUUAAAGCACCUUAAUGUCCAUGUGACGCGUUCACUGCUGCUGCGCCAUCUGUUGUUCGCAUUGAUGAACCAAGGUAACUACACUGGCUAACACCUGUCGCUUUCACCUGUCCUUGCACGUUAUCUUUUGACUCCCGUUGCCACGUUUAAGAAAAAAUGACACGAUAAAACAUUUCUGAUUGUUUGAUCUGUAGCCUUUUUUUCAUCAGCUUCCUGGUCGAUGUCGCUGGUUCGUCAGCUCGUCCGAUGCGACACUCGCACUGUGGUUAACAUUUCGCUCCAUCGUGACCAGUAGGGGGUGGUAGGAUUUGUCUUUGAAGAAUCCUACCAAUGUUUUUGACAAGUCAGCCUCCAUCUAGCAAGUGCUAAGACAGUACACAGGACUAUUAAAGGUUCAGUGUGUACUAUUUAGGUGUGAGGGAUUUAUUGUCAGAAAUUGAAAUAAAAUAAUCUUUGUGAUGUUUCCACUAGUGUUUCACCUAAAUUGCACAAAUUGUUGUUUUCAUUAUUCUAGAAUGAGCCCUUUUAAAUGUAAAUACUUUAUAUAUUAACACGCGGUGCGGAUCCUCUCUCACCUUUUGAGUUUUUAUGAUAACUGAAGGUUUACACAGGUUCUCUUUCAUUUUUGGGAGGACGAGGUUAGGGGUAUUCAGCUUCACCACUAGAUGUCACUAAAUUCUACACACUGAACCUCUAAAUAAUCAGAUGUAUUUUUUUGUGUUUAUUUCUUUCAACGCCAGUUUUGCACAGACCUGUUUGUCAAAUUGAAAAAAGGCAGAUGAAUUGAAGAAAUCUGAUUGGUUGUUGACGUCUGUGAGGAGUGCAGUUGUCAGGGUGAUGGUAUCUCUCAACGCAACUGUUAUCGUUAUUGCCUGUGAGGCUGCGUUGACUCUUGUGCUAUGCUACUGAACCUGUGUGAUGGCAUUCGCUUCCAUUUUGUGCCCUGUAAUUCCAGUGAUGUCCACAUCAGGCCUCUGCACCUCCAGACUGCACUUUCACACGUGAAUGACUGGACCACUUCAAGCUUAAAUAUGGGACGUGCUCUAGAUUUAACGAAACAGGAAAUUAUCACCAUCACCUCAGCUUGUUUCGUUGCUGCCGACAGAUGGUGCCUCACCGCAGGACUGCAAUAAAUAUAUAUACGUAAGCCUCUGAGUUGUGCCUCGCAUCACCAGUUCAUAUUAGUACUCUGUAGAUUUAAAUGGUUUGUCUAUUUUCCAUGAAGUGCCCCUCCCAGCUCCGCUAACACUACAAAAAACACAGUUUAAUCAAUCCACAUUCGUCUAAAAACAAAUUCAAUCAUGUUAAAAUUCAAUGAAGGAGUCUAAUACACUGUUAUCAAUCUGUUUGAUUAUCUGGAUGUCUUUACUUUCCUGGGUUCUGUUUGAUUUGCAUGUCUUUAUUUGUUUUCUCAUUGAGACCUGUGUACUGUAGAGGAGGGAUGGACACAUGGAGACAACGGAGCGUCACCAUGCAGCUGUAUCUCACUUGAAAUGUAUAUAAACGAUGGUUUUAUUAAAAUAAAGAGCUGUACAUAACCAACCA